CACGAAGAUGGUACAAUGAAUGCGUCUUCCAAUGUUUCUUCUCGCUUAUGGCACACCUUCUACGUUCAGAGAGCCGCAGGAAGGACCCACCAACUGAUUUCCAGGGCUCUAACGACCUGCAACAACGGCGAUGUCACUGGCCUACAAGAGGACUGUGACUCCUCUGAGAAUUAUAGACAAGUUGAUUUAGACCUUAUUUCUCAGUUACAACACUAUCAUCAUCAUGGGUGUUUGUCUAAUCCAUACUUCCUCAAUAAAACGAUAUCGUGCUGUGCCCGAUGGUCUUUUCUUGAUGUGGGAAUUCAGGUCCACUCGACGAUUGUCAAACUGGGUUUUACUUCAAAUCUCCAUAUAUGCACCGCUCUAGUUGAUAUGUAUGGCAAAUGCAGCGAAGUUAAGACCGCCCACAAACUGUUCAACGAAAUGCCAGAGAGAAAUGUGGUUACUUGGAAUUCGUUAAUAUAUGGGUAUAUGCACGUAGAGUGUCCUGAAGUCGCGGUUCAGAUCUUCAUCAAGUUGCUGAGAGCGGGGCUAGUACCAAGCUCUUUUAGCUUUUCGACUUGUUUGGCGGGCUGCGCAGAAAUGGGGCAUCUAGAUUUUGGCACUCAGGUACAUGGUCUAUGUUUAAAAGCUGGUUUUUCAAAUAAUGUUGUCGUGGGGACAGUUUUGAUUGAUAUGUACUCAAAGGGUUGCAAUGUUGAGUAUGCGAAGCGGGUUUUUGAUUGUCUUGACAAUAGGAAUGUUGUUACCUGGACUUCUGUGGUUACAGGUUAUGCAAACAACGGAGAGCCUGAUGUGGCAAUGCUUUUGGCUAGAGAAAUGCUGCAAUUGGGCAUUAGAACAAAUUAUGUUACUUAUAACUGUUUGUUGACUUCAUUUUCUUCUCCGUCCUGUUUUAUUUAUUGCAAGCAAGUUCACUGUCGUAUAAUCCUGGAGGGUUUAGAGUCUAACAUGUAUAUAGAGGUAACACUUUUGACUGCUUAUUCAAAGUGCAGUGAUAGUUUGGAGGACUUUCUGAAGGUUUGUUCCACUGUUACCUGGUGGGAGCAAAUCUCUUGGAAUGCAGUCAUUGGGGGUUUCUGUAAUCUAGGGUAUGAUAAAGAAGCCUUCAAAUUAUUUUCUGAAAUGAGGCAGGCAGGCAUAUGUGUUGACUUAUUUUCAUUUACAAGCAUAUUGGGAUCUAUAGGGAAUACUUCAGCUCUUCAAGAAGGGAAGCAGACUCAUGUUCUCAUACUUAAAACUGGUUAUGCUUCAAAUAUGUACAUUCAAAAUGGGCUUGUUUCUAUGUAUGCAAGAUCUGGUGCUAUUGAAGACGCGAAGAGAGUGUUCAUAUCAAUGGAUAAACAUGAUGUGAUAUCAUGGAACUCACUGCUAUCAGGAUGUGCUCAUCAUGGAUAUGGCAAGGAAACUAUAGAUUUUUUUGAGAAAAUGAAGAGAACAGAGGUCAAGCCUGAUAGUACUACCUACCUUGCUCUGUUAUCUGCUUGUAGCCAUUCGGGCUUUCUAGAUAAGGGGCUUGAAUAUUUUGAUUUAAUGAGAAAUGAUGCUUCAGUCGAACCUCCAAGAAUUGAUCAUUAUGCUUCUGUUGUUAGUCUUUUUGGAAGAGCUGGGUAUCUCAACGAAGCCGAAGCUUUUAUUAAUAGCAUGCCAAUACAGCCAGGACUUUCAGUAUAUAAAGCUUUACUAAGUGGUUGUCAAGUUCAUGGAAAUAAAGAAAUUGCUGGACGUUUGGCCAAACAGAUUUUGGAGCUAUGGCCUGAUGACCAUGCAACGUAUGUGCUGAUAUCAAAUUUGUUGGCAAAAUGGGGUUCUUGGGAUGAUGCCGCUGAAGUGCGGGAAGCAUCAAGAUGGUCACCCCACACAUCACCUACAUUUGCAUCACACCACGAUGCAGAGGACGAUCACGGCCACCAUCACAAGAAGUCAGUUCUUGCCAAAGUAAAGGAGAGAGCGAAGAAAUGGCGACAUUCUCUUAGCAAAAAGAAGCAUGGUGAUGAGGAUAACACCACACCUUCCUGGGGUGUAAGCUUGGAUGAUGAGGAGGAUGAUGAGGAAGACGAUGAAGGAGAUCCCGAAUACCUUGGAGCCCCAAUGUAUGAAUCCGAGCUUGCAUCUGAUGUGUACAAGGAGACAGCAAGGCAGCAUCCAAGAGCAGAUCCUGUAAUACCUGAAAAGCAUGUUUUGUCAAACAGUGUCAAUCCUGGUACUGAUUCAAAUCUGAAACAUUCUAGUCCUCUCAAAACUAUACCAGAAACUGUGGCAAAUGAGAAACAAUCUACUCCUAACAAGACCACCGCCGAAACCGUGACAAACGACAAACCUUCUAGUCCGACCAAGACCAUCGCUGAAACUUUGAGUGAAAAACUGGCGCCAGCUUACGCCACAAUAUCGGGUGCAACUCAUGCUAUCACAAACAGGAUUCAGGGCCUCAGUGUUUCAGCUUCUCCACCUGCAGCAAAACCAACACUUGCAGCAUCAGCUCCAGCAACUACUGAACAUGUUAGUAGUGCCGGGGAGGAAAUAUGGGACAAAGGAGUGUCUAUGAAGGAGUAUAUAAUGCACAAGUUCGAGCCAGGAGAAGACGAAAGGGCACUCUCUCAGGUGAUUUCUGAGGCAAUGAGUCCGAAGAAAACUCCUGGUUCUCCAGGCGUGGUGGAUAUGGUUAGAGAGGCUGUGUCUUCUUUGCUUCGAAAUGAGGAGUCUCCCCAAUCAACAGCGGUUCAAUCAGCAACAAACGCAGCCACCAAUGUUCCCAUCCCCGCCACUACAAACUCAUUCCAAAAUAUUCCCAUCUCUACCAAUGCUCAUCAUCAAGUUGUCGAGGAAGAAAAUCUUGAAAGACUACUCCAAACUAACUGAAGGAGGAAUUCAAGGGCGGAUCAAAGUUUCCUUCUGGAUCAAUGUUCAAUUUCUGAUUUGUUUUCUUCUAAUUUGGCUAUAUAUUUACCUCCAAUAAUCCCUUUUCUGGAGCUCUGGGAAGUCUGGAAGUAAAAAGAGCAAUGCUAUGGUUAUUUCGCAUGAUUUUCGCUUAUCAGGCCUGAGGCCUGUCUCGUUU